GUGGCCGGUUUUGCGUCGUUGUAUAAAAGACCACUGGAAGGGCGUCCAUUGCAUCAGAGUUGACAUUCGACUGUUGCAACCAACAGCGUCGUAUAGCAAACAGCGAGAAGGGAAAGUUGUUCAGUCAAGUUGAAGCAACCAGCAGCGAAGCAAGAAGCAAAAGCGAUCCAGUUGUGAAGCUCCCAAUCAAGAGACAAAGGAAUAAGUUAAGUGGAAGAAGUCGCGAAAAACCCGGACAACCAGAACGAUUAAGGAAGAGAGAGGUCCAGCAGGCACCAUGUCGAAGCAGACAGCGGUAACGAGUAUCAUCCCGGAGUUCCGGGGUGCUUCGGACGAUUGGAACGUUUAUCGGGAGAUUCUGGAGGAGUUUUACCGAGCUCACGGUAUUACGGGAGCAGCCAGGGUUCCCGUGUUGAUCAGCGUGAUCGGCAAGGACACGUAUCGUACGCUACGAGGUCUCUGCCAUCCACGAUCGCCGAAGGAGAUGGAUUACGACGAGCUGUGCAAGGUUCUCGCCCGUCAGUUUAUACCGGAGAUCGCCAUCUUCCGUCGCCGGUCCCAGUUCUACCGGGCGGAGCAGCGUCGUGGAGAGAGUGUAAAGGAUUGGUACGCCAGACUGAAGGCGUUGUCGAUGGAAUGUGCGUUCGUGGAGCAGCAGCUGGAGCCGUUGCUGUUGGAUCGGUUCGUUAUCGGUCUGGCACCGGGCCCGGUACAAGAUCGACUCUGCGAGGAACGCCCCGACAGCCUGACGCUCGAGCGAGCCGUUGAUUUAGCGGCCACCAAGGAAGCCGCACUGGUGGAAGACCACGAGCAGAACGUGGAGGAUCUGGUGGCAGAAGAUUUCGCCGGAAUGGCACUGGACGAGGGUGAGGGACAUCGCCGCCGACAUCGCCAUGGAAAACACUUCUAUCAUCGGUUUGGUGUCGAUGGACAUCACGGACACGGCCAUGGGCACGGACGGCGACACCACCACGGACAUCGGCAUCAUCGUCGAGAGGUUGGUCCACCGCAUUCCGAUUUCGAGGAAGCACACGGCCGACGCCAUCAUCGUCAUCACGGACCACCGCAUCGCUUUGGACCUGAAGGGCACCAUGGACACCACGAACAUGGACAUCAUCACGAAGGCCGCCAUCGUCAUUUCGGACCACCAGCUUUCGGUCCCGGUGCAUGGCAUGGAGGAAUGGCACACCAUGGUCGUGAGAUGCCACCCCGGCACUUUGGUGCUCCACCAUUCGGACCGUGGGGCGGUCGUGGGCAUCCAUUCGGUAGACCCGGCGGCCUAGAGAUGCCCGGAGUCGGAGAGGAUUUCUGUCGGCGAUUUAGACGCACAGAAGCUGAGCGUUCCUGCCGCAAGGGACGCAAACACUGUCGACGUCGCCGCAGCAGCAGCAGCUCCAGUAGCAGCAGCAGCAGCAGCUCGGGCUCCAGUUCAUCCGAAUCCUCAACAUCCAGCGCCACGAGCUCGGACACUCCCGAUGAAGCGCAAAUGGAAAAACGUGGAAAGCGCUGCCACAAGAUGCGUAAGGAUGGAAUGGAGUGCAAGCGAUACGGAAAGCGGUAUGGUGGCAAGUACGGAAAACACCAUGGCCAUCGUGGUGGACGGCACCAUCGUCAUCGUCAUCACGAAGAGGGAAGCGAAGGAUGCAAGCGGAGACAGAGAAAGCAGGGCGAUGAAGAAGCGGAGAAACAACCGGAGCAAGAACCAACCGGAACCGAUCCUACGACCGAACCAGAGUUGGUCGAUUAGGAUAUUCCUAGGCGUGGCUGAUCUGAAGUCGGCAAAGGCGAAAGCUUUUUAUCUUUAAACAUAUAGUUAUGCAUGUACUCGUCACCAAACUAUAAACAGGCCAUCACAAAAAAAAAUAUUAAUGUAAUGAAAAGCGAAACAAAAAAAAACAAAAAAUAAACAAAAA